AUGUCCAGUCUUAAGCAGAAGGCAGCCAACGCCUCCGAACAUCUCUUCUACCAGCCCAGGAACCGACCUGAGCACCACCGCGACCAGAAACAACCGGCGCAGAAGCCCAACGAGAUACAGUCACCGGCGAAACCCCAGCUCUUCAGCUCCCUGGGCCCCGACGUCCUGCAGCCAGAACAACCCAAAUAUGUCCAGUCAUCAUACUACAGGGCUCCUCAGGGGCACGCUGCCUUGGCCGACCAGGCUUUCUAUACAGACCCUGCCAAGGCGAAUGAGGACCUCAAGGCGCUGCUAGAGGGUGGCAUGGAAGAUGACGAGGACCAAGAAGGGGCCGAAACAAAUCUGGAUGAUGGGACACUAGAGGGGAUCAAGGUGAAGCUGCUGCCCCACCAGGUGGAGGGUGUCAAGUGGAUGAAGGGUCGUGAGCUUGGUCCCGUGAAGAGCGGAAAGGUGCCCAAGGGUGGCAUUCUGGCAGAUGACAUGGGCCUCGGCAAGACAUUACAGUCUAUCUCUCUCAUCAUCAGCAAUCCGAGACCCCAAAAAGACGGCCCGGGAUGGAAGAAGAGCCUCAACGGCGUGGAGAAGGGUACGCUCGUGGUGGCACCGUUGGCACUGAUCAGGCAGUGGGAGCAGGAGAUCAAGGACAAGGUGACCAAGUCUCACCAGCUCAGUAUCUGCGUCCAUCACGGUCCGAACCGCACCAAGAGGUUCCAAGACCUCGCUCAGUACGACGUCGUCAUCACCACCUACCAGAUCCUGGUCUCUGAGCAUGGUCAUUCCACGGACAACCUCAAGGCAGGCUGCUUCGGAGUCCAUUGGUACCGCGUCAUUCUUGAUGAGGCGCACACUAUCAAGAACCGAAACGCAAAGUCUACGAAGGCAUGUUAUGCACUGGAUUCGGAGUUCAGAUGGUGUCUGACGGGUACUCCCAUGCAAAACAAUCUCGAUGAGCUGCAGAGCUUGGUCAAAUACCUGCGGAUCUCUCCCUACGACAGUAUAGCACACUGGCGGGACAAUAUCGACAAGCCCAUGAAGAACGGAAACGGUCACGUCGCGCUCCGGCGACUUCACGCCUUGCUGCGUUCUUUCAUGAAGCGCAGAACCAAGGAGGUCUUGAAAGAAGAGGGAGCAUUGCUACCAGGUGGCAAGAAGGCCCUUGCGGCGGCUGCCAAAAAUGGACAGGCUGCAGCUCCGACAUCAGCCUUCAAGAUCACGGAGCGUAAGGUCGUCCCAGUCGCAACGGACUUCUCGCCUGCUGAGCGCAGGUUCUACGACAAGCUGGCCGAACGAGCCGACAAGAGUCUGGAGGCCAUGAUGAAAAACAAGGUCAAUUACGCCAAUGCUUUGGUACUGCUUCUCCGGCUGCGACAAGCUUGCAAUCACCCGAGCCUGGUGUCGAGCCAGCUCUCACAAGAUGAGGACGCGUUGGCUACCGACACUGCUCAUCAGAAGAGUGCGGACACCAGCGUUGAUGACCUUGCAGAUGCUUUUGGAGGUAUGGGCAUCCAGGCUAAGAAAUGCGACAUGUGUCUUCGGGAUCUGCCCCGAGAUGCCUCGGCACGUGGCGAUAUCCACUGUGCAGAGUGCUCCGAGAAUAUGGAUGAAAUGUACGCUGAAGUAACGGGGCCCAAGAAACCCAAGCAAAAGAGUUCAACAAAAUCCAAAAGGAAGGCAGUCAAGAAGGAAGAAAACCAGCGCAAGUCACGCAAGCGGAACAUCAUUAUCGAUAGUGACGAUGAGGAAGAGGAAGGUAGCUGGCUCGUUGGCGAGGACCAGCAAGGGGCCUUGCGCCUCGGAAAAGCUGGUGGCACGGACGACGAAAAUGCCGAGGGCGAGGGCGAUCAACCCUCCCGUGACUACUCUGGUGACUAUUCUGACGACGACGACGACGACGACGACGAUAGCUUUGUGUCCGUCGAUAAGUUCGGGUCACAAUCUGUCACGUCGAAGAAACAGCCCAAGUCAUCGAGACGGGUGGUUGACUCGGAGGACGAGACUGAAGAGGACUCAGAAGAGGAUUCGGAGACUGAUUCUGGUGUCUCCGAGUCUGCGUUCGAUGCGUCUGACAUCCUCUCGGGCUCACAAGGACGGCUUCAGGGUAAACACCUCAUGAGCUCGUCCAAGAUCCGGGAGACUGUCAAAAUCCUACACAAGGAGGCCCCCGAGCACAAAUUCAUUGUGUUCUCCCAAUUCACGUCCAUGCUGGACCUAAUCCAGCCGUAUCUGCGGAAAGAGGGCUUCAAAUUCGUGCGCUACGAUGGCGGCAUGAGGAACGAUGCUCGCGAGGAGAGCUUGCACCGCCUCCGAAACGACAAGAACACGCGCAUCCUGCUGUGCAGUCUCAAGUGCGGCUCCCUGGGACUGAACCUGACCGCUGCGACACGAGUGAUCAUAAUCGAACCAUUUUGGAAUCCAUUCGUAGAAGAACAGGCCAUAGACCGCGUGCACCGCCUGACCCAGACCGUCGACGUCGUCGUGUACAAACUUACCGUCAAGGACACGGUCGAGGAGCGCAUCCUCGAGCUCCAGGAGAAGAAGCGCCUGCUCGCGCUGCACGCCAUCGAGAGCGGCAUGAAGAAGGACAAGGAGUCGCUCAAGCUCAGCCUCCAGGACCUGCUGAACCUGUUCAAGCCACGGCACGGCGGCGACGACGGCGGUCGGCUCGAGGACGGUAGCCAGUCGGACCAGCCAGAUGUUGACAAUGUGAUGCGCGGCCUGGCGGAGGGCAGGCGGAUGAGGCCGGAAAGGAAGAAGAGGGAGGAUGAUGUUUAUGGGAGGCGGUGGUAA